AUGGAGCUCAAGGCCAAAGGAUUCACCUCUAUCAAGGCACUACUUGUAGAGGACAUUGAAGUUUGUAGGUUGGUCCUCUCAACGUUUCUGCUCAGACUUCACUGUGAGGUUACUCUAGCCAUGAAUGGGAAGGAAGCUGUUGAUUUGUUCCUUGAGGGGAAAAAGUUUGACAUUGUUUUGUUCGAUAAGGAUAUGCCCGUCAUGACUGGUCCAGAGGCAAUUGUGAAGAUCCGUGCUAUGGGGGAAACUGAUGUGAAGAUUGUUGGGGUUUCUGCCGAUAAUCAUGCCAUGGAGGCGUUCAUGAGUGCUGGUGCUGAUUUAUUUGUGCCCAAACCAAUAAGGAUGGAGGCCCUCGGUCCUAUCAUUCAGGAUGUCAUCAACAAGAAGACGAAUGACAUGGUCUAGCACAAUUCAUCUUGCUUAAGUGAUGGAGGAAAUAAUAAUGUAUAACUUUUUGAUCUAUGUUUGCUUCAAUCUCCAUUAUUGUGUUGCUUGUUCAAUUGUAUCAUUUGAUUUGAGAAGUUCUUGUUAAUGGAAAGACAUCAUUGUCCAUAAUAAUAAGGUACUUAUGAUAUAUUGG